UGACGCGAGCACAUGCGCCGCUUAUCAUCACAUCAUAUCACAAUCAUGCAGCAAGCACUCUACUACACUCGUAAUUUAGAUUAACCUGCACGUGUGUAUUAUCAGUAGAGAUGCUGAGCCAUGCAUAUGAUUGUGGAGAUGUGCGCUCUGCACCUGAAAUCUUCUCUCGAGACUUGGAGAAAUGUUUUGGAGUUGAAUGAUGGGUAAAAAUGCAAGCUACACUGAAUACGGGUCAUGGAAAAUCUAGAAAAUUCGACAGAUUGCAAGGAGACUGUGUCUUCACUAAACAAUUCAGGGUCUUUACUGAACAGCACUGUCUCCCGUUGUGAUGGCAAAGCUAUGGGGUUUGUGCUGGUGCAUGCAGGAGCAGGGUAUCAUUCAGAAUCCAAAGCCAAGGAAUACAAACAUGUGUGCAAGAGAGCUUGCCAGAGAGCUGUGGACAGGCUCAGAGCUGGAGGAAUGGCGCUGGAGGCCGUGACAGCAGCUCUUAUUGAGCUAGAGGAUUCCCCGUUUACCAAUGCGGGUACCGGUUCCAACCUGAACCUCUCAGGUGAGAUUGAGUGUGAUGCCAGCAUCAUGGAUGGGAAGUCCUUAAACUACGGAGCUGUUGGAGCCUUGAGUGGAAUCAAGAACCCGGUGUUGGUGGCCAGAAGACUAUUAAGUGAAAGUCAGAAGGGGAAGCUUUCGGCUGGCAGGAUCCCUCCCUGUUUUUUAGUGGGCAAAGGAGCAGAACAGUGGGCCAUCAGCCAUGGUAUUCCGGCAUGCCCUACAGAGAAGAUGACCACCAAGUUCAGUUUGUCAGGCUACAAGAGGAACAAGAGGAAGAUGGAGCUGGCGGAGCAGGUUGAGACGAAGAGGAAAAGACCACCACGUGAACAUGAGAAUGAUUUUGGCUGCUUGGAGCCUGUAGGAGACAUCAUGGUGGAAGGUGAGGAGAAUAACUUGCCGUCUCUGGACACCGUUGGUGCGGUUGUAUUGGAUCGGGAAGGGAAUGUGGCGGCUGCAGUUUCCAGUGGAGGUCUGGCCAUGAAACACCCGGGUCGGGUAGGACAGGCUGCUCACUAUGGUUGUGGCUGCUGGGCUGAAAACGCCCGUGACAUCAGUCUUUACUCUACAGCUGCGAGUACCUCAGGCUCUGGAGAGCAUCUGAUUCGCACCAUGUUGGCCAGAGAGUGCUCUACUGCCAUGCAGGCUGAAAACACACACCAGGCCCUACUGGAGGCUAUGCAAAACAAAUUCAUCAGUUCGCCGUUCCUUGCUGGCGAAGACUGUGUUCUGGGUGGGGUGAUCGUUCUGAGGUGCUGCACAUGUGGAGAAGCCCAGCGCUCUGGAGACAUCCAGGCUCUGCUGGUGGAGUUUCUAUGGAGCCAUACAACAGAGAGCAUGUGUGUGGGAUACAUGUCUGCCCAGGACAGUAAAGCCAGGACUCACAUAUCCAGACUUCCUCCUGGGGCAGUGGCCGGACAGUCACUGGCAAUCGAGGGUGGAGUUUGUCGACUCGGGACUGUCAGUGACUAAAGUGGGGUGAAAUCACCCUCUAUUUCUGCAGCAAUAUGCCAGUGCCGGGAUCUUUAUAGCAAGAGCUUGACAUUGUGUCAUUCUAGGACACAAACAUGAAGGGACAAAAAUGUUGCAAUAUGACUUUUCUUCCAUCUUUUUCUUUAUUACACAGUUAUAAACACAUUUACUCAUUUAUUCACAAUUACUCCCAAUCUUAUUAUUUAAUCAAUAAUUUUGCAAAACUUUCACGCUGUUCACAUAGACUGUUUUACUGUUACUUGAAGGGUGGGGGGUACAUGGUUAGAAGGGUAAUUUGCCUAAGGCAUCUGCUAAGAAAAGAACAUGCCAAGUGACCUUCAGGACUAGUGUGCUGCUCUGGUUUUAGUGGGCUUCCAAGAAACUCACCUUUUAAUAUGUGCUGGACAAGACUUGAUGCUUCAUUUCUAUUCCUCUUUGAAACAAUAUGCACCGUCCUUAUCAUUGUAAAUAAGCUAAGGGUUGUUGAAACAGGGUGGCCAUUGACAUAAAUGGCUUAUUGAUUUUUUUUGCUUACUUGACUUAUAUAUAUAUAUAUGUAAUAUUACUUCUACUAUUAUGUUUUUAUAUAUAGCCAAGAUGCUUGUUUUGUGCAAAAUUUCAGUUUAGUGAUUUAGAAAAAAGGUCUGAUUUGACACGUGUGCUUGCAGUGAGUCUGGUUGAGUUGCAAUGCAUACACUGUGUGGUACACAGGAUAAAAUACUUUUUGAAAUUACAAUAAUUGGCUUUUCAUUUGACUUUUUUUAAGCUUUAAUAGCAUUUCAGUUGGAUGAAUAGUUCACCCAA